AUGAAAACCCGUUAGUGAAGCACUCUGGCUCAGCGCUUCUUGAGGGGAAAGCCUUCAACACAACAACACAAGGAACUUUCCACUAACUUGUUUCAUCUCCACCGCUGGAAUUGCAAAUUCGUUUUUCAGAACUUUCGAGCUUUUUAAAACCAGUCGUGGCACAAUCUACAACAGUUGCCUCGUGCAUUGAAGGAUCCUGGUUGGUCCUCCAUGAGAGAGCUACUGCGACAGAAAACUUCCGAAAAAGAGAUGUCUGGAACCAUCUUGUCCGCUUUUUACGACAUCGACAUGCUUUACAAGCAAGAUAAAAGCAUGAACAUGAACGCUAUGAAUCACAUCAAUAGCAUGCUGGACAAGAAAGCGGUGGGGGCUCCAGUACAGAGCUCCAACAGUUGUUCUUUCGCGCCAGGAUUUUUGCGUAGAAACUCAACCAGCAACAUGGAAGCAAUGACCAACAACAGUAACAAGUACUCCAACUCCUACAGUAAUUUUAAAGAAAACACAACAAGCAGCACCACUGCCAUUAUGAACAAGGAAAACAAGUUCCGCGACCGGGCAUAUAGCGAGAACGGGGACCGUAGCCAGCAGCUCCAGAUCCUACAGCAGAAACCGGGUUCUCAGAUCAACUCUACCCGCUACAAGACCGAACUCUGCAGGCCUUUCGAAGAAAACGGAGCGUGCAAAUACGGCGAGAAAUGCCAGUUCGCGCACGGCUACCACGAGCUGAGAAAUUUGUCUCGUCACCCCAAAUACAAAACCGAGCCUUGUCGCACUUUCCACACUAUUGGCUUCUGUCCAUACGGUCCUCGCUGUCAUUUUAUCCACAACGCAGACGAGCGCAGACCGGCUCCAAGCAACGCAAACAUGCAGGGGGAACCCAAGUCUGCUCGGGAGCUCUGCGGCUAUGGUCAAAUGGAUGUUGUUCCGCAGCAAGGUGGGUACACCCGGGACAGACCAAAGCUCCACCACAGCCUGAGUUUUUCUGGCUUUUCCAGCCACCACGGACUUGAGUCACCACUGCUCGAGAGCCCCACGUCGCGCACCCCACCACCCCCCUCCUCCAGCUCCUCUUGCUCUCCCAACUAUUACGAGGACAUACUGUCUCCCAACUCCAUGUCCUGUGUGAACAGUGCAUUCAAUUUUCCUGGGCAGGACCUGAAAGACUUACUUGCUCCCCUGGCCGUGCAUACUCAAAACUGCUAUGGCAAUAACCAGUUCAACGGUGCCUACUACGGGAACAUUCAAGCCAAUAUGUGCCCUCCUUCUCCCCCAUCAUACAACAUGAGCCACUUGCAGUCCCUGCGCCGCCUCAACGAGUCGCCGGUGUUCGACUCACCUCCUAGCCCGCCCGACUCCCUCUCAGACCGGGAAAGCUAUGCGAGCGGGUCCCUCAGCUCUUCAGGGAGCCUCAGCGGCUCCGAGUCUCCAAGUUUGGAUGCUGGGAAACGUUUGCCAAUCUUCAGCAGGCUGUCGAUUUCAGAUGACUAAACAUCCUAUCAUGUUAUGUUAUUUUCAAUGGAUGGAAAAAUUCCUUGACAUGGCAUUAGUUUUUCCUUUUUGUAAUGAUAGCUGUAUAAAAGUAGAUAUCAACAGAAGGCAUUCCAUUGGUGACUUACUUUUUCGAGCUGCAAGUAAUGGCAGUAUUUUGGUCUAUCAGGCAAGCAACACUUCCCUGGGAUAGAUGUGUACAAGACUUGACACAAAAGACUGUAAAGCGGUAUCAGAUUUCCUCCAUCCUGCCAAGAAUAUGCCUUGACACAAUGUAACUUCUUUCAAAGUAUGUGUUCCUUUCUGAAAGCUUAAACUUCCAUUCCAGAACUGUAAUCUUUUUCACAGCGCCACACAGCGGUUUGUUUGGUUAGUAUGGUUUGUUGCUUAGUUGAAAAGCACUCUUGAGUUUGGUUUGUUUGGGGAAAUCACUGCUGAUGGUUGAAUCUAUAUAUUUUUUUAGCUGUUUUGAGUGAUUACAUAGCAGUGCAUAACUUGCUAUGAACUAUUUAACUUAUUUAUUAUCUUGUGAAAAGUAUAGGCUAUACAUCAUUGGUAAUUUGUGUCCAUACUGUAUUUAUCAAGUAUGAUGAAGCAAUAGAUCUAUAUUCUUUUAUGUUUAAAUUAUGAUCGCCAUUAUUAAUCUGCAUAAAGUGGAGUGUAUGUUCUUUUCACAGUAAUAUAUAUUUGUUUUUGGUCUCCUUUUGUAACUUCACUUAUUUUUUAUUGUAAAUGAGUAAAAAAAAAAAGAUCUUAAUUUAAGAGAGCGUAUGUGAUAUUUAUUUCAUUAAUUUUUGUUUCUUUGUUUACGUUUUAUUAAAACAAAAGUUUGCGUGAUUGCUGUUUGUUCCGAGGUUGCUUGUAAGAGCUGUGGAAGGCGUUUUGAGAAUCCCUAUCUAGAGGUUUCUGUAGAAUGUAUAAAUAAUGUGGUGGUGCAGACCGUCCAAACCGGAGCUAGCCUUACGUUUUUUUUUUUUAUAUAUAGAUCAGACUUCAGUGACAAAGAACCCAAGUAAAUAAAUUAACCAAAAAAGUAUUUUGUUUUCUUCUGUUUGCACGAGGUCACACUGUGAUUCCAGCCACGUGCUAAAGAAUGUAGCAAUCCCUUGUGCCCCAGUAUUAUUUUCUAGCGCCUACGGGGUUCACCAUCUUACAUGCCUUAACAUUAACCAAAUAAAGUAUUUUUCCUACAUGUAUCUUUUUCACAAGUUGAAUUGAAUGUAGUGCUGGAGUUUAAUUACUUUUGAAGGUUGUUACCACUUAUCAGACAUCCUGGGACAACUAUACCUUUUCUGAAAUUCCCCAUUCCUCUUACACUUUGAUUUAGUUUGCUUUUUAUCUUUUGAGUUUUGAAAUAUAGUCUGAAUCUUCAGAAUUUGCUGGACGGGAAAGUGGUUGAACAUGUUUUGUUUGUACAUAGUAGGUACAGGGGAUGCGCACUAUGUACUUUUUUUUUGACUACUUUAUCAGAAGUAAAGCUUUUUGAAUGUAACUAAAACGGACAAAAAGACAACAUGAGUUGUAAUUAUUUUUGGGGAGUCUGUUCACUACAAAUUGAGUGAGACUUUACUGUACAUUUUUUUGUAGUUCUCCCAAUAAAAUCAUUUUGAAAAGA